AUGGAGGUGGAAAAUUGCACUAGGGUCAAAGAAUUUGUUUUCCUUGGCCUGACCCAGAAUCCAGAAGUGAGCUUGGUCUUAUUUCUUUUCCUCCUUUUGGUCUACGUGAUAACUCUGCUGGGAAACCUCCUCAUCAUGGUCACUGUGACCUGUGAGUCCUGCCUUCACACCCCCAUGUAUUUUUUGCUCCGCAAUUUAUCUGUUGCAGAUAUCUGCUUUUCCUCCAUCACAGCUCCCAAGGUUCUGGUGGACCUUCUGUCUAAGACCAAGACCAUUUCCUUCAAUGGCUGCUUCACUCAGAUGUUCUUCUUCCACCUUAUUGGAGGGGUGGAUGUAUUUUCUUUGUCAGUGAUGGCGCUGGAUCGAUACGUGGCCAUCUCCAAGCCCCUGCACUAUGUGACCAUCAUGAGUAGAGGCCGUUGUGUUGGGCUCAUUGUGGCCGCCUGGGUGGGAGGUUUUGUCCACUCCAUUGUGCAGAUUUCUCUGUUGCUCCCGCUGCCCUUCUGUGGGCCCAAUGUCCUUGACACUUUCUACUGUGACGUUCCCCAGGUCCUCAAACUUGCCUGCACAGACAUUUUUGUACUUGAGCUGCUGAUGAUUUCCAAUAAUGGGAUGCUCACCACAUCAUGGUUUGUUUUACUCCUGGUGUCCUAUUUGGUCAUAUUACUGUUAGUGAGGUCUCAGGCAGGAGAGGGCAGGAGGAAAGCCAUUUCCACCUGCACCUCCCACAUCACCGUGGUGACCCUGCAUUUUGUGCCCUGCAUCUACGUCUACGCCCGGCCCUUCACUGCCCUCCCCACAGAUAAGGCCAUCUCUGUCACCUUCACGGUCAUCUCCCCUCUGCUGACCCCCUUGAUCUACACUCUGAGGAACCAUGAGAUGAAGUCAGCCAUGAGGAGACUUAAGAAAAGAUUAAAACCUUCUGCCAGGUAA